UCCUCACUUCCUGGGCCCGCCUCUUUCUCCCGGCGCUUCCGGCACGCGUUCCUUAGCAACGGCGGCCUACGCCAGCGCGUCGGUGGCGGAGUCAUGGCAGAGGUAGAGGAAACUUUAAAGAGGAUUCAAAGCCAUAAAGGAGUUAUUGGAACUAUUGUUGUAAAUGCAGAAGGCAUCCCAAUCAGAACAACUCUUGACAACUCCACUACAGUGCAGUAUGCAGGCCUUCUUCAUCAGCUCACAAUGAAAGCAAAGAGCACAGUGAGAGAUAUUGAUCCACAGAAUGAUCUAACUUUUCUUAGGAUUAGAUCAAAGAAACAUGAAAUCAUGGUUGCUCCAGAUAAGGAAUAUCUUCUUAUCGUUAUCCAGAAUCCAUGUGAAUAGAGCAGCUGCACCAAUACAUGGGAGCAGGACUACAAUUUCUAAAUGAUUUUUACUUGCUACAGAUAUAUAAUUUCCUAACUUUCUACUAAGAAACUUGUCUAGUCAUUUGUCAGGAACAAAAACCUUUGAAAGUUGUGUGUACAAUCUCAUCCCUUGAAUUAGCAUCUGCAUUAAUGCAAACCUUUAUCCUAAGUGUUUAAAAGACAAUAAACUUAAGUGUUAAACCA